AGAACGUGCAAAAGCCGAAGCACUGGCCUUGGCCUUGCACAGCUGCACGGUUCUACACUUCACCGUUCACACACUCUCCCCAGCUUUCGCUUCACUCCAUUCCGUUCCACUGAGACAUACGGACGAACACCUGGGGGCCAUGGCUCCCCCGCUCCUCCUCGUCCUCUUCCUCCUCCCGGCCCUCGCCGCCGGCCACCAGCACCCGUCCUCCUACGGGUCCUCCGCUCUCUCCGAAUGGCGCCACGCCAAGGCAUCCUACUACGCCGCCGACCCCGAAGACGCCAUCGGCGGGGCGUGCGGGUUCGGGGAUCUGGGGAAGCACGGGUACGGGAUGGCCACGGUGGGGCUGAGCACGGCUCUGUUCGACCGCGGCGCGUCGUGCGGCGGCUGCUACGAGGUCAAGUGCGUCGAGGAUCUCAAGUAUUGCCUCCCGGGCACCUCCAUCAUCGUCACGGCCACCAACUUCUGCCCCCCCAACUACGGGUUCCCGGCCGACGCCGGCGGCGUCUGCAACCCGCCCAACCACCAUUUCCUCCUACCCAUCCAGGCCUUCGAGAAGAUUGCCCUCUGGAAGGCCGGCGUCAUGCCCAUCCAGUACCGCCGCGUGAAGUGCCUUCGUGAUGGCGGUGUGCGGUUCUCUGUCUCCGGGCGGAGUUUCUUCUUCACAGUUCUAAUCAGCAAUGUCGGUGGUGCUGGCGAUGUAAGUUCAGUGAAGAUCAAAGGAACAGACUCUGGCUGGCUCUCAAUGGGCCGCAAUUGGGGCCAGAUAUGGCAUAUCAACUUGGACCUCAGAGGGCAGCCAGUGUCCUUCGAACUCACCUCCAGCGAUGGCACGGCGCUGACAGAUUUCACUGCUGUGCCCAAGAAUUGGGAAUUUGGCAAAACAUACACUGGCAAGCAAUUCCUGCUCUAGAGGAGAAUUAACAAAUAGUGCAUUACAGUUACUUAUUUUUGUGUUCAUCCUACGAGUUGGUUGCACUGUAUAUCUCCGAGGAACAAAAUUAUUAGGAAAAAAAAUAUAAUCUCUACUGUAUAUUCCUCCGAGGAACGAUAUGAUUAUUAGAAAGAAAUCUGUUCAGUGCAGAGCUUCAGAUAGAAUUGUUCCGAAGAUUUAAGACGCCUACAAAUGAUGCAUCUAGUGUUUCAAAGUUGUAACUCCAGAAGCUUGAUGUACCACCAAAACAUAGAAAGACAUGUUCAGUAUCUUGAUUGUAUAUCUGUAUUGAUUAUUGAGAAUGGAUUUUAUAGCUGUAUUGUUACUUUA